GAAAGAAGGAGUCAAUUAGUGAUAAGCUGCGCCGUAAUGCGCGUGACUUAUCAUGCCUUCAUUCGUUUUAAGAGUUAAAAGGCCACCAUACCUACACCCUCACAGUUAGAAAUCAUUCUCACUGUCACAAACACUCUACAAUACCUACUUCAUUCAACUGCAACUAUGGGCUCUCAUCAAGAAUCUUGGAGGCGACUGAAUGUAGGUGUGGUCGGUGGUGGUAUUGGCGGCAUGUCCGUCGCUAUCGCCCUCCGCCGCGCCGGUCAUGAUGUAACCAUCUACGAACGCAACGACUUUGCUGGCGAGGUCGGCGCCUCAGUUUCAUGUGCUGCCAAUGGUACGAGAUGGCUUCAUGAGUGGGGCGUGGAUAUCGAAAAGGGUGACCCAGUCGUGCUGCGUAAGCUCAUCAACCAUGACUGGAAGACUGGCGAGCCGGUCAGUGUCUACGACCUCGCGGAUUACGAGGAGAGAUGGGGUUACGUCUACAACAUGUUCCAUCGUCAGUACAUGCAUGCGAUGUUGAAGGACUGUGCCCUACAAGAGGAAGGGGAAGGCACUCCAGCUAAGCUCCAGGUUAACCAUGCGUGCAAAGAUAUCGACCUAGCCACAGGUGUCAUCACGUUCACAAACGGAGUCCAGGCUCAACAUGACUUGAUCAUUGGCGCUGACGGUAUUGGUUCGGUUGUUCGUGGUAUCAUAGGACUUCGUCCAGAGAAGAAGCCUUCAGACCAGAGUUGCCUACACGCCAAUGUCCGUACAGAAGAUGCCGUCCGACUUGGCCUGGUUGACUACUCCCAAAACAGUGCGCUGGAGUACUGGGGUGGUCAAGAAGGCAAGUGGGACAAAAUUGUACUCUCACCAUGCAAUGGUGGUCGUUUGCUAUCAUACUACUGCUUUUUCUCGAGAGAGAAAGGUGACUUUAGCAAUCACACCUGGGGCAGUGCAGACCGGCCGGUGGAGGAGCUACUGGAGCCGUACCCGGAGCUCGAUCGUCAAGUGUUUUCUCACCUAUCUAUUGGCACAGAAAUCCGGCCGUGGCGUUUGUGGGUUCACCAACCAUAUCCAUACAUCGCCCGUGAUAUGGUGUGUUUGCUCGGCGAUGCAGGUCAUCCGAUGAUGCCUCACCAAAGCCAGGGUGCCUGUAUGGCAAUUGAAGAUGCCGCCGCACUUGGAAUCCUUUUCAAUAAGACCAACUUCACUGGAGAUAUUGCUGAAACCCUCGCCAUCUAUGACGAAAUCCGACUGCCCCGAGCUACGAAGGUUCAAUCUGCUGCAGCAAAGGCCGCUUAUAAUAUUAAUGAACGGAUAGGGUUCUCGAGCAAUACUACAAACUCCGUAUAUAAAGUCGAAGAUGAGAAGAAGAAGCUGACUAUCGAAGAGAUGAAUGCGUACGAUAUGUACAAAGAUAUCGAAGAAGCGAUCGCAAGGCACAAAGGGUUACCUUUCACCGCACCAUACACGAAAGGGCUCCCUUUCGGCUUAAAGCUGUCGAAUGGAGUGACAAUUGGAGAAUAACUUAUGAUACCAUCAUGCAGAAUGCCCCUUUCAUAUUGAUUUCAUGACUUUAGCCUAGUUCAUGCUGCAUCUUACUAAAGUGAUCCUCAUGAUCAUUUUUCCAUCUGUAUAUUCCAGUUUUUAACAUGAUUAUGAUUUGCCAAAUUUCUCUGACAUGAAAAAUCAAAGUAGCUUACGCUGCAAAAAUAUUGAUAAUAUAUCAUUUUCAACUUAUUGCUUACAAAGUAAUGAUAUACUAUUAAGUUAACAAGUGAAUAUCCUUCACCAUAGGAAACAGGGUGAUCUUAGAAGUGAAUGUAGAUCUAUCCGUGGUCUUCAAUAUUACACACCCAUCUUCAUUGCAUCAAAUCACGACAGCUAGUUCCUACUUCUCUUGAACAUCGGUUUUUGCAAUUUUCCUACGGCUUAUCGUACUUAGGAUCAGAACUGUCCCUCGACUUGCUGAAGUGUCUUAAGACAAACCCACAGUGACGAUGGAAAAC